AUGCUGAGCGCGGCAGCUUCCUACAACGCCGUCCCGCCGAGCGCGGCGCAGGCCAAGCUCGAGGCGCUCAAGGCGCGGCUCUCCGCCGCCCGGCAGUCGAACCACAAGGAGGCGGUGGAGGAGGAUCGGCGGAACAAGUUGGGGCCGGAGGCGCUGAAGCGCGAGCGCGCCGAGAAGGC